AUUACUUGAGUCGUAUGGAUGAUAAUGUUAGUGAUAGUAACUAUCAGUGUGUAGUUAGUGUAACAAACGGACGGUUCAGUUGGGAAACAACAUCAAAACCAGCACUAGUAGCCAAAAAUGGUAAACCAAUAACUACUACUACUACUACUCCUACCACUGGAUCGGCAUUUAGAUUGGAUAAUAUUAACUUGAAAAUCAGGGACAAACAAUUUGUAGCAAUUGUCGGUAAUGUAGGCUCAGGUAAAUCAUCACUACUGGCCGCACUGUUUGGCGAAAUGCAAUUAUUAUCGGGAAAAGUUAGUAUCGGAAAUGGAAAUGGUAGCAAAAUAGCGUACGUUCCCCAACAGGCAUGGAUACAGAAUGCAUCGCUCAAAGACAAUAUACUAUUUGGCAAACCAUUGGAUACCGAUCUCUAUGAUCGAGUCGUAAGCGGCUGUGCACUGGAACAGGAUCUCAAACAACUGCCAGCCGGAGAUCAGACAGAGAUCGGCGAAAAGGGUAUUAAUUUGAGCGGCGGUCAGAAACAGAGAGUCAGUUUGGCCAGAGCUGUGUAUUCCGAUGCCGACCUAUACCUAAUGGACGACCCUUUAAGUGCCGUGGACAGUCAUGUGGGCAAACAUCUAAUGCAAGAAGUAUUAGAUUCAAGGACUGGUAUAUUGAAAAAUAAAACCCGAAUUCUGGUAACAAAUCAACUCUUUGUGUUACCAAAUGUUGAUCUGAUUGUUGUCUUAAAUGACGGCAAUAUUACAGCAAUCGGUUCAUAUGAUUAUCUAAUGAAUGAAAAUAAAGAGUUUUCUGAUUUAGUCAAACAAUAUUCAGUUUAUCUGAAAUACGCCAAACAAAUGUCGAUAAUGUUGUCGACGCUGACGAUUGUAUUUAUUGUCAUCUCAUUUGCCUUUACUAUUGGCAUCAACUUUUGGCUCAACACAUGGAGCCAACAACAAGAACAACAUAGUAGUAUCGGUGCCCAUCACUCAAACAGCUACUAUCUGGCAAUUUUGGCCGCACUGACCAUCGGUCAGAUACUGACACUGUUUGUCGGUCGGUUUGCACUGGUUUUCGGUUCGCUGUUGGCGUCGACCCGAAUGCACGAUAGGCUGUUGUGGUCUGUCAUGCGAUCGCCGAUGAAAUUCUUCGACACCACACCAUUGGGUCGUAUAGUCAACCGAUUUAGUAAAGACAUGGACACUAUAGAUACGGUCACUUCAUUUAUGUUAGGUUAUGUUUUAGAUUUAUCAUUGCUAUGCCUGUCGGGUAUAAUUGUCAUAUCGAUAGCCACACCAUUGUUUGUAAUCCCAGUAAUCAUAUUGUUAAUCAUAUUUUAUAUAUUUCAGCAUUUUUAUACAAAAUUAUCAUGUCAACUAAAACGUUUGGAGUCAAUCACUCGGUCGCCAAUAUUUGCCUAUUUUAGCGAAACACUAAACGGUUUGCCGAGUAUUAGAGCGUAUGGAUGUAGCGAUAGAUUUAUUGGGCACAUGGAGUCACUGGUCGAUACUAACCAACGGUGUCAAUAUCCUAAUGUUUUAGCUAACAGUUGGCUACAAAUCCGAUUGGACUGUUUGUCGAGUACACUGAUGUUUUUUGCCGCAUUGUUCAUAAUAUUACAGCGCCAGUCGUUAACGGGCGGCGACACCGGUAUGUCGCUAUCAAACGUAACCAACCUAUCCUAUGUGGUCGGCCUAUUGGUCAGAUUGUUUACUCAGUUUGAGAACAGUAUGGUUUCGUUUGAACGCAUUGACGAAUACUGUCGACUGGAAUCGGAAGCCGACUUGAUUAGUGGUCAACAAUUAUCAGACAACUGGCCAACCAAUGGAUGUGUUGAGUUUAGACAGUAUAGUACCAGAUAUAGAGAGGAAUUGGAUUUAGUAUUAAAUCAAAUCAAUUUGGACAUCAAAUCUGGCGAAAAGAUCGGAAUUGUUGGCCGAACCGGUGCGGGAAAGUCAUCUCUAACGUUAGCAUUGUUUCGACUGAUUGAAUCGGUUUCGGGUAAGAUAGUCAUCGACGGCAUCGAUAUCAGUCAACUGGGUCUUCAACAACUGAGAUCAAGGUUGACAAUCCUACCACAAGACCCGGUACUCUAUACGGGAACUAUUCGCUCAAAUCUGGAUCCGUUUGACAAGUGUUCCGACGAUGACUUGUGGUCAGUGUUAGAGCACUCGCAUCUCAAGUCGUUUGUCAAGUCAUGCGAUGCGGGACUUGACUAUAGGGUAACUGAAGGCGGAGACAAUUUGAGUGUUGGUCAGCGACAACUCAUAUGUCUGGCCCGAGCUUUACUACGCAACACACGUGUGCUUAUCCUCGACGAGGCCACGGCUGCGGUAGACGUCGAGACCGAUGCACUUAUACAGCAAACAAUUAGACAACAUUUCAAGUCUUGUACUGUACUAACAAUAGCUCACAGACUCAACACAAUUAUGGAUUCAGACCGUGUAUUAGUGUUGAAUGAGGGACGGGUAGCUGAGUUUGAUUCGCCUAAUAAUUUGCUAAAUAAUGAGACAACUAUUUUCUAUUCCCUGGCCAAAGAUGCGGCAAUUAUUUAA